CAACGCAAACGAAACGAAAGCCCGUUCGACCGCACGCGCGCACCGGGAAUCGCACGAAAUCCUCAGUUCCUCACGGCGGCGUCGAGCCGAGCCGAGCCGAACCGAACCGAGUGCUGCGCCCGCGCGCGACGCCGCCGCCGCUGAUGCUCGAUCGCGCGACCGGGCGCGGCGCCGCGGAAGGGGUUCCGGUUAUGGAUCAGCCCGACCUGUCCCUCGGCCUCCACCCGCCGCCGCCCCGGCCCAUCCCCGAGCCCGCGGGCGAGGGCUCGUCCGCCGCGGCCGCCGAGGAGGAGGAAGAGGAGGGUGAGGGCGAGCGCCGGUUCUCCCUCCUGGGCCAACCGCUCUUCCUCAAGCGCCCGUGUCCACGGCCACCGCGCCCGCGCCGCGCGCGCUGGGUUGCUGGGGAGGACGACGCCGACGCCGACGACGAGUCCUCCCCCUGCUGCUCGUCCUCGUGCCCCUCCCCCGCGGCGAAGCGGCGGGCGGUGGAGGGAGGCCUCGAGGCGCGCCGCGAGGCCGUGCGCGCGUGGGGGUGCCGGCCGCUCCCCGAGGCCGACCCGGCCGUGCACGAGCUCAUGGAACGGGAGCGCCGGCGGCAGGUGGGCGGGAUCGAGCUCAUCGCCUCGGAGAACUACGCCUGCCGCGCCGUGCUCGACGCGCUCGGCAGCCACCUCACCAACAAGUACUCCGAGGGGCUCCCGGGCGCGCGCUACUACUGCGGGAACCAGCACAUCGACGCCAUCGAGCGCCUCUGCUGCGAUCGCGCGCUCGCCGCCUUCGGCCUCGACCCAGUGCGCUGGGGCGUCAACGUGCAGCCCUACUCCUGCACCUCCGCCAACUUCGCUGUGUACACGGGGCUCCUCCUCCCCAACGACAGGAUCAUGGGGCUCGACUCGCCGUCCGGCGGCCACGUUAGCCACGGGUACUACACGCCCAAUGGCAAGAAGGUAUCGGGCGCGUCCAUAUUCUUCGAGAACCUCUCCUACAAGGUGAACCCGCAGACUGGGUACAUCGAUUACGAUAAGGUGGAGGAGAAGGCUGUGGAUUUCCACCCCAAGAUUCUCAUCUGCGGUGCGAGCUCGUACCCAAGGGAUUGGGACUAUGCACGGAUGCAGCUUAUUGCUAUUAAGUGUGGUGCAAUACUCAUGUGUGACAUGGCGCAAAUCAGUGGUCUUGUGGCAGCGAAGGAAUGUCGAAAUCCCUUUGACUACUGUGAUGUUGUUACUUCAACCACUCAUAAGAGCUUGAGGGGUCCUAGAGGUGGUAUAAUAUUUUUCAGGAAAGGGAAAAUGCUAAGUAAACGGAGCAGAUCUUUAACUCAAGUGGUUGAAACUGAUCAGUAUGAUUUUGAGGACCGUAUAAAUUUUGCUGUUUUCCCUUCAAUGCAAGGUGGACCCCACAAUAACCAUAUUGCUGCUCUGGCUAUAGCUCUAAAACAAGUAGCCACGCCAGAAUUCAAAGCAUACAUUCAACAAGUCAAGAAAAAUGCCCAAGCUUUGGCGAUGGCCUUGCUCAGGAGGAAAUGCAGACUGGUUACCGGUGGCACAGAUAAUCACUUGGUGCUAUGGGACCUAAGAACAUUUGGCUUGACAGGGAAGAACUUUGAGAAGGUAUGUGAGGCCUGCCAUAUAUCUCUCAAUAAAACGCCAAUAUAUGGAGAUAAUGGUUCGAUUUCUCCUGGAGGUGUGCGGAUUGGAACUCCUGCCAUGACAACUAGAGGUUGCUUGGAGAAUGACUUUGAGGUGAUGGCAGAAUUCCUUAUGAGGGCAGCACAUAUAGCAAGUAUUUUUUUGAAGGAGCAUGGAAAGCUUCAGAAGGAUUUUCUGAAAGAUCUGGAGAAUAGUAAUGACAUUAUUGAACUUCGGAGUCAGGUGGAGACAUUUGCGUUGCAGUUUGCCAUGCCGGGAUUUGAUGUAUAAAUGAGAGCGCGCUCGCGCGCACACACACACAGACACACACACACACACACACACACAUAUAUAUAUAUAUAUAUAUAUAUAUCUUCAGCCCUAAGAUGGUUCAGAUAUCAUGUUUGAACAAGUGAGUUUAUAUAAACAGCAUUGUUAUCAUAACAUCAAGUUAGGAAGCCAUUUUUUUCGUCUGAAGUUGAUCUCAAUCACCUCUCUGAAACAAUUUUGUACAUGCCUGUUGGUUAUGUUAUUGUAUUUAUUGCACUUCAUUAUAUAGAUUGCUACAUGAGAUAAUGUUUUUGAAAAUC